AUGUUUGUGGUCUACACGAAAAACAGUAUUUGGUAUCUGAAAGCAAAAACAACCGAGGACCGAGAUGACUGGAUUGAAAAACUCAAAUUUGCAAGGUAUCAGUCGCAGUCGAAAAGCGUUCGAGAUGAGAUCAAGCGUUUAAUGCACGAUUUGCAUUUUGAAUGCGAUCAACGCGCCAACUUACUGCGACAAGUGGAACUGCAAGCAAAACAGCUGAAAGUGUUCGAGAAGUCAGCACGCCGGAAGCCGAAUACGUCAACUGAAGAAGAACUUUCGAAACUCGAUUCGGUUGAGGCAGUGGACGGCGACAGUGAAAGUGAAAAGGAAAUGUAUGGCAGUUUACAUAUUUAA